CUGUGAUGGCCGGAGAGAUGACGAUCUUAGGUUCAGCUGUUUUGACUCUCCUGUUGGCUGGCUAUUUGGCACAACAGUAUUUACCUUUGCCUACUCCUAAAGUGCUUGGAAUUGACCUUGGCACCACUUAUUGUUCCGUUGGGGUGUUUUUUCCUGGCACAGGAAAAGUAAAGGUGAUUCCGGAUGAAAACGGGCAUAUCAGCAUACCCAGUAUGGUGUCGUUUACAGAUGAUGAUGUGUAUGUGGGAUAUGAAAGCUUAGAGCUGGCAGAUUCAAAUCCUCAAAACACAAUAUAUGAUGCCAAAAGGUUCAUAGGCAAGGUUUUUACUCCAGAAGAGCUGGAGGCUGAAAUUGGCAGAUACCCAUUUAAGGUUUUAAACAAAAAUGGAAUGGCUGAAUUUUCUGUGUCAAGUAAUGAGACCCUCACCGUUUCCCCAGAAUAUGUUGGCUCUCGACUGUUGUUGAAGUUAAAGGAAAUGGCAGAGGAAUAUCUUGGAAUGCCAGUUAUCAAUGCUGUCAUUUCCGUACCAGCAGAAUUUGAUCUAAAACAGAGAAAUGCAACAAUUGAAGCUGCUAACCUUGCAGGAUUGAAGAUCUUGAGAGUCAUAAAUGAACCCACAGCAGCAGCUAUGGCCUAUGGUCUCCACAAGGCUGAUGUCUUCCAUGUCUUAGUGAUAGACUUGGGUGGAGGAACUCUAGAUGUGUCGUUACUGAAUAAACAAGGAGGAAUGUUUGUAACCCAAGCAAUGUCUGGAAACAAUAAACUUGGAGGACAGGACUUCAAUCAGAGAUUGCUUCAGUACUUAUAUAAACAGAUCUAUCAAACAUAUGGCUUUCUCCCCUCUAGGAAAGAGGAAAUCCACAGAUUAAGACAAGCUGUGGAAAUGGUCAAAUUAAAUCUGACUCUUCAUCACUCUGCUCAGCUGUCAGUAUUACUAACGAUAGAGGAAAAGGACAGGAAGCAACCUCAGAGUGGUGACAGUGAACUGCCAAAGGACAGACUUUCCCCAGCAGAUGGCCACCAUGUGAAUGGUGUGUUUGGACCUGGCCUUUCUGAAAAGAAAACUGGAGAACAGCAAGUUUUAUUUGAGACAGAAAUAUCACGAAAACUCUUUGACACCCUUAAUGAAGAUCUCUUCCAGAAAAUACUUGUACCCAUUCAGCAAGUAUUAACAGAAGGCCACCUAGAAAAGACUGAGAUUGAUGAGGUGGUUUUAGUUGGGGGCUCUACUCGUAUUCCUCGAAUCCGCCAAGUCAUUCAGGAGUUCUUUGGAAAGGAUCCCAACACAUCUGUGGACCCUGACCUAGCAGUGGUGACAGGAGUGGCUAUCCAAGCAGGGAUUGAUGGAGGCUCUUGGCCUCUCCAAGUUAGUGCUUUAGAAAUUCCCAGUAAACAUUUACAAAAAACCAACUUCAACUGAAUUUUGGAGGAGUGAUUAUUAUUUGUGAUCUUGUCUGAUGGUCUUCUGCCCUUUAUCAGACCAUCUCGUCCAAAAAGAAAGUCUCUAUCUAAAAUAUCCCACAGAUUUAUCUAGAAGGCAACAUUUAGAUACAGGAAAAUUUUACAUAGCAUUUUGUUUUAGGAUUGGAUGUGACCAGAUUGAUCCUAUUUAAUUUUGGAGAAAUUCAAUUCCAACAAAUUCUAAAAUGAUAAAAUUGAGGUAAAAUUCUCUUAGGAGAAUUCUGGAAGUAGAUGAUCAUAUGCACUUGAUAUUAUAUUCUGUGAUCGUUAAAUAGUGCCGAUUAUAAGAUUCCCAGUUCUUACUAUACUGUAUUAGGAGAAGCUGAUAAUUUCUUUACUUGGUUUUUACAUGUAACUUAAUUUGGACUAUACUUGAAGGACAGUGUUGGUGUCAGGUAUUUACAUUGGCUGGGAGAUAGCAGUAUUAUUAAUAUAAGCUGCACUACAUAAUAUUCAGUAACUGCCAUAAUAGAUUUUCUUUCACAGUUUCAAUAUCCUGUUAUGUGUCAUUCUCAUAAUCUGCAUUCUUCAGAUAUUUUUUUAUGUAUUUAGUAGAUCAACUUAUUUUCUUUCUAGAAUCACUACAGGUUUAUUCAAAUGUUUCAAUGCCAGACAGAAAUACCCAAUUUAUAUUCAGUUCUUUAUUUCCUAUGCAUCAUUUUCUGCUUGGAUUUCCAUGAUUCUGCCUACUUAGAAAACAAUAGGGAAUUAAUUAAUUAAUUAUUAAUUAAUUGCAUUUUUUAAGUGUGUUAAUGUCAAAAUAAAGUCAUCAUUACCAUCUCAUUUUUGUUAACCCAGACCUGUACAGACAUUGGUAAAGAGCAUUAAUUUUCUACUUUAUAUGUUUUACUUCUUUGUUACUUUGUUUAUAUUUUCAGUAAGUCCUGGGGAACAUAGCUUGCAUUUGAGCUGUCAGAUGGUAUCUGAUUCAGUUUUACUGAGAUGUUUCUCCAUAUUUAGUUUCAAAUAAGGAAAAUGUACUCAAUUGUGAAAGCCCAGUUGUUGUUUCCUAUUAUGAUUUUUAAACACACUUAGACUGUUUUCAGUCAUAAGUUUAGUAUGUGUUGAGAGCAAAAAUUGGUGAAUACUGGAAUUUGUAAAUCUAGUGUGGAAAGCAUUGUGAAAAAAUUUCCACAAAUCAGCAUUUGUAGCAGUUGUGUGUUUUGUUUUGUUGUUUCCUUUAAGAAAAGUCAUAGAGACCAAGAAAGAACAGUUUGAUUUCUGUGAUGCCCAUAUUAUUUGAAUAUGUAAAUAUAUGUGGGGUUUCUUCUCCCCUAAUAGAGGCAUGCUUCAUUUCAAUAUUGAAAAAUUAAGCCCUAGUCAACGUUUUUGUUAGUGUAAAUAUGAGUAUGUCUGCUUUAUUCAUUGUUGAAUUUGAAAGUAUGUUGAAUUUCUACUCACUGAAAAAGAGGACUAAGCAAAUUUAUUCUAAUACAUCAAAACAUUUCAGCUUCUCAUAGUAAAAAGCUGUAUGUUGUUAAUAUUUUUUGCAGAUCCAAAAGAAAAGUUUUUUAGCAAUGAAUUGCUGUUAAAAGAAAUUUUAAUCAAAUCCUUUUGUGUAUAGAAAAUGUCUGUUGUAGGCAGAUAGAAAAAUAUAAAAUGUUUAUUGAUAUGUUUUAUUUUAGAACUAGUGGAGAAAUGCCAAAGAUGAGUCCUUCACUGCAUUAUGAAAAUAUUCAAGUGUUCUCUUGGCCUUUAUAUAAAUUGUUAGUAAAGUUUAGAAUUGAAUAAUGUCUUUUUGUGAAGGUCUUUAAGAGAAAAGUUCAAUUUAUCUCAGAAUCUCCACAUAUAGUACAUCAGCUUUAACCUAAAGCAUUUUAACAUUUUUAAAAAGCUUGGAUUUCUCAAAUGUUUGAUAUGGUUCAAGACAAUCUGUUAAUGCUUUUUAAAGGGAACAAUUUGCAAAACUGUAGCUAAUCUAAUACUAAAAUUGGAAUUUAAAUAAUUUGUGUCUAAAAAAAUAGAAUGACAGUGUUGGAAUUAGGGGGCAAUAGUUUAGCAUAUUCUCUAGUAUAGUCACACCUUUAAAAGAAAUGAAGGAAGAAUGUCUGUCUUUAAUCCUAUUUUAGGGGGCUAAAUAUCAAUGUAGUUUAUUUAUUUGAAAGAUAAGAAAGCCUCCUGAAAGGGAUCAUUUAUGAAUAACAAUCUGAAGUCAUUUUUCAUAAACUUAAUACACUUUAGUUGUACAUCUAGCUAGUGUUUUUUGAAGUACAUGCCUUUUAAAAUAUUUAGUGUUGUAUAUGAUUAGAAUAUGUGAAUGAGUAACUUAUUUUGUGUUAGGAAUGUUUUGGUACUGUGUUUUCACUCAAACCACUGACAAAUACUACUGUGUGUAAAGUACUGAAUAUUACAGUUACUGUGCAUAACAGAUUAUGCCUCUUAUAUUUGUGUGUAUACAGGUAAUUCAUGUUUUAAUGUAAAUAAAUACCAUUU